CACAUGUUUUGGCAAUAUCUACCAUUAUUGGAUUGGGAUGAUUUUUUCCUCUAGAAGAAGAGGUGAGGUUACGACAAUGGAGAUGGUCAAUCAAUAUGAACCAGAAAUUCGAAGUUUCAACUACCACCACACUAGUACCACUCAACUUUAUCCCAAAACAAACCCUGAUAAUUUCCACAAAAUCUACCCGGUUUCAGUGGCUCUCAAUGUUCCCUUUACUAUAUUUUGUCACAUCCUCACACUUGCCACCUCCACCCCCUCUCACCCUUUUUCUACACUACAAUCGGUGACUCACACACUUCUCCCCAUUGUUCCAAUUUCUCUGUUUGCUCUCUCAAAAGGGUUCAAGCAGAUAGUCCGUUACAACCCUAGUUCAUCACGUAUACCAGCUCCACUGCACCAACGAAGGCUACUACUGAUUUAUAAUCACUGGUGAUUGAAGCACGAACCAUGUCAAAAAAAUCAUUGGACUAUGACCAAAUUAAUGAGAAUGUCAAGAAGGCCCAGUAUGCUGUGAGGGGUGAGCUGUAUCUUCGUGCUUCAGAGCUUCAAAAAGAGGGCAAGAAGAUAAUCUUCACAAAUGUGGGGAAUCCUCACGCUUUGGGACAGAAGCCUCUAACAUUCCCUCGCCAGGUGGUUGCCCUUUGCCAGGCUCCAUUUCUUCUUGAUGAUCCAAAUGUAGGACUUCUGUUCCCAGCUGAUGCAAUUGCAAAAGCUAAACUGUAUCUUUCUUAUACUUCAGGGGGUCUAGGUGCUUAUAGUGAUUCCCGUGGCCUUCCUGGAAUAAGGAAAGAAGUUGCUGAAUUCAUUGAGAGACGUGAUGGGUAUCCAAGUGAUCCAGAACUCAUAUAUCUCACUGAUGGUGCCAGUAAAGGAGUAAUGCAGAUUUUGCAAACAGUCAUUCGUGGUCCAGGUGAUGGGAUUUUGGUUCCAGUCCCUCAGUAUCCACUAUACUCAGCUGCUAUAUCUCUAUAUGGUGGAUCUCUUGUUCCAUAUUUUCUUGAAGAGAAUGCUAAUUGGGGUCUUGAUAUCCACAACCUUCGCCAAUCAGUUGCAGAAGCGCGUUUCAAAGGAAUAACUGUAAGGGCAAUGGUGAUUAUAAACCCUGGAAACCCAACUGGACAAUGUCUUAGUGUGGAAAACCUGCAACAAAUACUCAGAUUUUGUCACCAAGAAAGCUUGGUUUUGCUUGGAGAUGAAGUUUAUCAGCAGAAUGUUUAUCAAGAUGCACGUCCAUUUAUAAGCUCUAGAAAGGUGUUGUUUGACAUGGGUGGAGCAAUUAGCAAGGAGCUAGAGCUUAUUUCUUUCCACACUGUUUCCAAAGGUUUCUUAGGUGAAUGUGGACAACGUGGUGGAUACUUUGAGAUGACAAACAUCCCUCCCCAGACAGUUGAUGAAAUAUACAAGGUUGCAUCGAUUUCACUCAGUCCCAAUGUUCCUGGGCAGAUAUUUAUGGGGACAAUGGUGAGCCCCCCAAAGCCUGGUGAUAUCUCGUAUGAGCAGUUUCUUAGAGAGAGCAAGGGUAUCCUUGAAUCCCUAAGGAAGAGAGCACACAUGAUGACAGAUGGAUUCAACAGCUGCAAAAAUGUCGUUUGUAAUUUCACAGAAGGCGCCAUGUAUUCGUUCCCACAAAUAAAGUUACCCCCAAAAGCAAUUGAAGCUGCAAAAAGCGUUGGAAAAGUUCCUGAUGUUUUCUAUUGCCUCAAGCUUUUGGAAGCCACCGGCAUUUCUACUGUACCUGGUUCAGGCUUUGGCCAAAAAGAAGGGGUUUUCCAUCUGAGGACAACUAUCUUGCCUGCUGAGGAGGACAUGCCUGCAAUCAUGGAAAGUUUCAAGAAGUUUAAUGAUGGUUUCAUGGAGCAAUACGAAGACCAAAGAGGCUACUCGAGGAUGUAAGUAAGGUAUCCAUAUAUAUACAUAUAAUAUACUCUUAUGGUAUUAUAUGUGCGUGUGUAUAGUGGGUCGCUAUUUGGUGCUUGUUAUUAUUUCACUUCUGUAUCUAUUAUACUCUCUUGAUGUGGUGUACUCUCUUCUACUCCCUUCAUUCACAUCAUUAAUUAACCAUGUUUCCUUAUGUUCCAAUUCUAUGUUUAUGUUAUUCACAAUCGCAAACAAGUAUGUGCAAAUUAUUAUUAUUAAUCACUCUUUUUAUGAAUAUAUGAUAACUAUUUUAUUAUGGUUUUUAAAUACUACAUGUUUUUACUAUAUAUCAUAUCGUCGCCUUACCAAAAUCCGAAUUUGUGACUCUAGUUGUAAGUAUGUUAAAGAUAAAAGGACUAAUUCGUCAUUUUGUCUUCAUUAAAAAAACGAUUGAUGGGUAACCAUUUUUAAAAUGUAAUUCUUAAUAUAUGUUUCAUGGGUUUUGUUAAAUUUAAAACUACUCUUUUAUUUUCCAAAAUCGGUAGCAACUAUAUUAUUAUGAUUAUUAUUAUUAUUAUAAUUAUAUUGAAGUUUGUACUAUAUUGACUUUAUUUGUUUAUUAAAGAAUCU